AGAACAUGAGGUUUCCUGCUUGAGAGGGAGGGCAGUGCUGGACUGGGUGAGGGAGGAGGAAGGCAAGCUGUGGUUUACACCGAGAUCAGAGCUAGUGUGCCGGGGGGGUGGGAGCAGAAGGAGAAAGGGCAUCUGAUGCCAGCUGCCAACAUGACAGAAACUCUGCAGCUCCCAGCACUGCAAAUCCCAGAGCAGCCGGUGGUGGAGAGUGGCCGUGCCUGGUCCAGUUCGUCCACCCCAACCCUGCGCAGGAAGCGCUUCAAGAUGAGGCGGAUGAAGAAUGUACAGGAGCAGAGCCUGGAGGCCAGCAGGUACCAGGAUUCUCCUUCCUCCAGCAAGGAAUACCUGCAGCUUCCAUCCAUUGAAAUCACCCCUUCCAGUGAUGAGGAAGCUCCCUGGUCCAACUGCUCCACACCCAGUGCCUCGCCACGGCGCAAGCGCUUCCUCCUUCGGAAGUGGCUGCGUGUGAGAGAGAAGAAAGAAUACAGUGAGAGCAGCAGCCAACAGAGCAGCCAGCAAAGCAGCCACGAUGAUGACUCGUCCCGAUUCCUGAGCCCUCAUAUGCGCGAGGACAGUACUGCCAGUAACUCAAACCGCAGCACGCCUGCCUGCUCCCCAAUCCUGCGCAAACGCUCCCGGUCCCCGACACCGCAGGACUCCCAAGGAGACGCCAUGGUGGAAAAAGGCUCAGACCACUCGUCAGACAAAUCCCCUUCCACGCCGGAGCAGGGUGUACAGCGUAGCUGUUCCUCUCAGUCAGGACGCAGUGGGGCCAAGAACUCCAAGUCACACAAGCGCCUCUCCAAAUAUGACAGACUUAACCUGCUCAAAAAAAGCCAGAGUUGGUAUAAUCAUGAGAGACAGUACAUCCGGAGAGUGUUGAGUCCAACAUACAAACAACGGAAUGAAGAUUUCAGGAAACUCUUCAAACAGCUUCCUGACACGGAGCGCCUCAUCGUAGAUUACUCAUGUGCGCUACAAAGAGACAUUCUCCUGCAGGGCCGCCUCUACCUCUCUGAAAACUGGAUCUGCUUUUACAGCAACAUCUUCCGUUGGGAGACACUGCUGACUGUUCGCUUGAAGGACAUCUGCUCGAUGACCAAGGAAAAAACAGCACGGCUCAUUCCUAAUGCCAUCCAAGUUUGCACUGACACUGAAAAGCACUUUUUUACUUCCUUUGGGGCUCGAGACAGGACGUACAUGAUGAUGUUCAGACUCUGGCAGAAUGCUCUCCUUGACAAGCCUCUGUGUCCAAAGGAGCUCUGGCACUUUGUCCACCAGUGUUAUGGGAAUGAGCUGGGUCUGACCAGUGACGAUGAAGACUACGUGCCUCCUGAUGAUGACUUCAACACAAUGGGCUACUGUGAAGAAAUCCCCGUGGAAGAGAAUGAAGUCAACGACAGCUCCUCAAAAAGCAGCAUGGAGGCCAAGCCAGAAGCUAGCCCUCAGCUGCCAAAGAAAUCUGUCACUGCCAGCACACUGACAUCUACGGGAAGCAGUGAAGCGCCAGCCUCGUUUGAUGGAGUGCUACCAGAAGAGGAGGAGGCAGUGGCAGAGAGUCCAGUGGAAAAAGACCUUGGCAUUGCAAAUAUCAUGGGAGAGAAGAUAGAGAUCAUUGGCCCCGUGAACUCCCCUUCCCUAGACUUCAAUGACAACGAAGACAUUCCCACUGAGCUCAGUGACUCAUCAGAGACCCAUGAUGAAGGGGAAGUCCAAGCCUUUUACGAGGAUCUGAACGGCCGUCAGUAUGUGAACGAAGUGUUCAACUUCAGCGUGGACAAACUGUACGACUUGCUUUUCACGGACUCCCAGUUCCAGAGGGACUUCAUGGAGCAGCGCCGGUUCUCUGAUAUUAUCUUUCAUCCCUGGAAGAAGGAAGAAAAUGGCAAUCAGACCAGAGUGAUCUUGUAUACCAUUACCCUCACCAACCCUCUGGCCCCCAAAACUGCCACUGUCACUGAGACACAGACAAUGUACAAAGCCAGCCAAGAAAGCGAGUGCUAUGUCAUAGAUGCAGAGGUGCUAACUCACGACGUCCCCUACCAUGAUUAUUUCUACACCAUUAACCGCUACACGUUGACUCGUGUUGCCAGAAACAAAAGCCGACUCAGGGUUUCCACAGAGUUACGUUACAGGAAGCAGCCUUGGGGGCUGGUGAAAUCCUUCAUUGAGAAGAAUUUUUGGAGCGGCCUAGAAGAUUAUUUCCGUCAUUUGGAGAGUGAACUGGCCAAAACCGAAAGCACGUACCUGGCUGAGGUCCACAGACAAUCCCCCAAAGAGAAGGUGAGCAAGCAAUCGACCGUGCGCCGGAGGAAACGGGCCCAUGCCCAUCUGCGGGUGCCACACUUGGAGGAGGUGCUGAGUCCCGUCACCACGCCCACAGAUGAGGAGGUUGCACAUCGAAUCAAGCACGUGGCAGGUUCCACUCAGACACGGCACAUCCCUGAGGAGAGCCCCAGCGGCUUCCACCUGCAGAGUGUCUCCAAGCUGCUCCUUGUCAUCAGUUUUGUUCUGGUGCUGCUGGUCAUUCUCAAUAUGAUGCUGUUCUACAAACUCUGGAUGUUGGAAUAUACUACGCAGACGCUCACAGCCUGGCAGGGCUUGCGGCUACAGGAAAGGUUACCCCAGUCUCAGACAGAAUGGGCCCAGUUACUAGAAUCUCAGCAGAAGUAUCAUGACUCAGAGCUACAGAAAUGGCGUGAGAUCAUCAAAUCCUCCGUGAUGCUUCUAGACCAGAUGAAGGAUUCACUAAUAAAUCUUCAGAAUGGCAUCGGGUCCCGGGACUUCGGGUCAGAUCCAGAGGAGAAACGGAAACGUUUCCACUAACAGGCAGGAAUGCAGGAGGCCAGAGGACGGUGUGCAAUACGUGUAAAUAGGAUAUAUAAAUAUAUAUAUAUAAAUAUAUAUAUAUACAGAAUAUAAAUCUAUAUAUUAUAUACAGAUUUUAAGAGAAAAAAAAAGCCUACGUAUCGAGAGGAAGGAUUGACCUCCAACACUGGCUGAAAUGGAGCGUCUCGGUGGUAGCGUGGCAUGUGCGUGUGUGGGAGGGCUGUGCUCUCCCGGCACUGCGGUGCGCUUAGGGGCACGCCUGAGUGUGCUCCCCUGGGCCUGUGCACCACUUCUGUAAUAUUCCUGGCUGUUUGUUUGUCUGUCUGUCUGAUUUGUUUUUGUUGUUUCAAAGGAAAGCAUCAGAGCGAGUGCCCCCCCCCAACCCCUGUGCAUGGAGGUCCCUGGUUGGCUGUAUUUAUCUAUACAUACAAAGGGGACACUGUCAACUUUCUUACCUUGCUGGCUUCAGGGCAGAGAGGUUUUGGCAAUCGCUGUCAAUCCCUUACAAAACUAUUCUGCAUUUGGAGAGGAGGCCUCUGGGAGAAUUGCUGUAGGUCUAUAGAAAGCAGAUCUCACUGGCAGUCACCUCCUAUACUUCUUGGAGCAGAAGUCCAAUUCGCUGUCGUGCCGGCCAGCCUGGUUCAGAGAGCAAAGCACAGAAUGUAAAUGGCCUGAAAAGUUCACUCCAAACACUAGUUUGCUGCCUCCUCUUAUUGAUACUGUGUUAAUAGGCGAAGUGAUGGUGGGGAGGGGAGUAUCUGCCUACAAGGUGCAUGGGUGGAGGAGAGCCACGCCACAGAAAGCACACUUCCAUUCCCUUUGACAGUGUCCCCUUUUCAUCUUCUGUAGUUCUCAGCUUUCUCUGUGCUUGGGCCCCUGCUAUUAAGCCAUCCCUGUGUUGAAGAUCUGCAUUGGUGCUGAAAGGGUGACUACCUGUGUGACUUCCCACAACAGGGGGAGUAACCCCAACUUAUAAAGAAAACCAAAAUUAGUAUUUAUUUGCAACUGUUCCCACUACCCUUAUUAGCAAAUUUCUCUCCCGCCCCGGGUCUGCGAGAGUAUUUUGCUCGUACCACCCAGCCCUUACCUUGUUUUACAAAGUCUGCGGGAAAGCGUUAGGGAGAAAAAGAACAACCUUUCCGUCAUGGGGUGUUCACAUCUAUAUAGCAGCAAGGCCUCCAGAAGCCCAGGAGAGGCUCGGAAGGGUCAGGGGACCAAAAAAGAGAAAAGGGAGUGUCAGGAGGCGGCAGGAUGGAUCCGGAGGGUGUGCAUGCUGUGAGGCAUCUGCCCGCUGACUCUCCUAAGCUGGAUCUCGGAAGCAUUUGCUCUGUAAGCGAGUGCGCUGGGGGGGGCUGUGUUAGACAGCGUGGAUUUGUACUUGUUCUAGGGCUAAUUCCAGACUCCCAGUAGCAGCUGAAUGAGGGAGAGGGGCAGGGAGACGGCGCCGUGUGGUGUACAGCCACCACCGUGCCUGGCUGGCAGGCAGGGUCCUUGUUUGAAUGUUUCAUAAAUGCUUCUGCAUCUUACCUAGCUGUGUAGAUCAGGUGAUAUGUGAGGCCCUCAGUCUCCUCGUUGUUCGACACCAGGAUUUUUCCACCUUCCAAAUGGCAGGAGGGAGUCAGCUGCAUAUUCCCCAUCUGCAAACGGUGCAGUUCCAGCUCACCCAUUGUCUCCAGCUCCAGUGGGUGCUGAAAGAGCAGGGGACAUAAGGGUGGGCAACUGGUCUUCUUACCUCUAUAGCAGAAACUCUUACUGCACGGCUGGGUGGCAGAGUGGAGUGUAAGGAAAACCCUCACAAGCUCCUGCUCGUGCGUUCCAAUUAGGGAAAGGUAACGUAUGUAGAAGUAACCCCCUGAUUUCUCCCAACCUGCCUACAAUUUUCAUGACCAAGUGCUGAACACAUGUCCCACAGAAGACGACUCACAUUUGAAGGAGCACGGAUGAAGACAGGGUAUCAAAAAGACAUUUAAGAGUGUGAAAGCAAGGUACAAGUGGGAAAAGCAUGCCUCGGCAACUAGAGAGUAAUGUGUAUUUAUGACUAUUUAUUUAAUUUAAUGCUGCUGACUACUUCACUGCUCCCUGACUUUUUUCCAGGGAGGCUGCUGAAAUAGCUACUGUACAAUGAAACUGAGGUGCUAGUGCCCAGGCAGGGCAUUCUGUGGCUCAUCUUGGGACAGGAGGGCCCCGACUCCCCACUGUGACUUGCCACACUGGCCAUGAGUCUUGUUUCCCCAUUAGUCACUCCCACAAUUACUAAGAACAGAAAAAUCCCCCGCUGCCCAUCUUCCACUUUUCUAGAAUUUAAUUCCAAGCACCAAGAAAGAAGAGGGAGAGGAAGCCCUGUGCUCGCCUCCUUGCCCAUGCUGGAGAAGAAAAAGGCCACAUCUUGAGAGAGAAGCCUGGAAUGGGGGUGUCUGCCACCAGGCCCGGGAGGGUUUUGUUACAUAGACAGACGUAACCCACCGAGAGGCAAACUCAUUUGUCCCAAGGGGGUUGAAAAUAAAUGCUAGUGAUCAGAGGUGGUUUCUUACCAAUUUCACAUUCUCUUGCUAGUUAUGGAGACAAAAAAAAAAUCCAUUCACUUACCUGUGCAUCCUUCUUCCUCUGCAGCAUUCUUCCAGACUGCUGUUGCGUUAGGUUCGGGAUGUUCCAGCUGACGUGGUUUCCUUGGGCUUGGCCCCAAGAGACAGAAUUGCACAAGGUUGGUUAAAUUAGUGCAAGGCCACACAGGGGCAGCUGUAACAGACUCAAGCACUAACAUUUGUUCUGCCUGCACAUCACCUUAAACUGGGUUUAACAUGUUUGAUAGAUUCCUGACACACAGCUACGUUAAAUUUUUCAUAAAAGAGCACAAAGGUGAUGGUCAGCAACAGAACCUUGUAGGUGCCUGCAGGGCUCUUCAGACCAAGGACGGUUUCUCUUUGAGGCCUUAGUUUCUUUUUGCCACUUGGCAGCAAGUCAGGCUUGGAGCUGGAUUGGAUUCAUGAUCUUUUAUUGCCUCUUCAUUUAUCACUGUAGUAAUAAAAGAGAAAAAGCCCAAGGUCUUUUUCUUAAGGCAAACCCCACAACAGCGCUAUAGCUGAGGGCUUAAACAAAACCUCGGUGUGUUUUCACCUAGAUACCUUCCUCUAGAGAGCCAAGGUGGGAAUCGCCUGCUACUGCAGUUGAGUCCCAAUAGACAGAUUAAUUCCUUUUGCAGCCACAGACAAUUGGGGACCUGUCAGCUUAUGAUUACAUUUCCUGGAGAAAUUAGUAACGCUACCUAGAAGCAAGGCCAAGCAACCUGAAUAACGUUGCAGGGGGUGGUACUUCUGCCUUCCAGCAGUUAGAGCCCAGCUGGAGUUUGGGCUUCCAUAGUCAGGGUUUUGCUGCUUUACUUGCUUGCCUUGCCAGAAAUGCCACGUCAGGUGUUUUUACAGCACCUCGCAGACAUGUUUCCCCACCGAGUCUCCCCUCUGACCCUUCAGGUGAGCACAGCUGGGGCCUGAGCUGCGCAACCUGGACAACCACAAAAGCAACAUUCUUAAAAAAGCAUUUCUCCAGCCCAAUGUGCAAGCUAAUGGCAACAGCUAGUAGCCUGAUUCUUGCCAAGACGCUGCCUGUUGGGAGGAGGGAGAAGGGGUGGAAGGCUCACGCAAACCGGGAAGUUGAUCUGACCUGUUUAUAUGGGAGAAUAAUAUACUCACUAAUCCUAGCCUGAUACAAUCUUACUGCUGAUAAAUAGACGCCUUUUAAUGAUUAUCUUAAAAGAGCUGUUUGGGUUCCUGAGCUCAGAGUGGAUUUCAGACCUGGGUGACCGCUAUGCAGUCGUGCAUUCAUAAAGUAGAGCCCAAACGUAUCGAGUGCAGCACCUGUGUGUAAAGUCUGUGAAAGACACAAGACAGAGGCUGUGCCAGGUAGUAAGAUCGGAUCAGAAGCAUGUGCCCAAGACGGGCAGUGCGGGGGCUGCACAUUCCCCUUGAAGAGAGAAAAGGUACCUGCGGUGGUAGGAAUUAAGAGUUAGCUAUAAAUUAAAUAGAUAACCAUCCUUUUUGGGUGCUGGAGAAUUAACUGGUAAUCCAAGGCAUGCUUCAGUCAGAAAACCUCAAUAUUAAUACUGAUACUGCUGCAUAAAUAUUUCUGGCCCCCUUAAGUCCUUUUGGAGAAAAAAGUCGCAUAACUUGGAUCUCUGCUACCAUCUCUCAGAUGCUCUCAUCUCUCUUACCGGAGCAUGCAAACACCCAGCCACAGCCCCCCUCUGACACCGCACCCUGCCUUCUGCUUCAGGGCUAAUAAAGGGAAACUGAAACGAUACGCGGCGCCGUUGUUACAGUACGGCCCUGCGCUGAAAGGGGCAAGGCUGCAAAGCAGGGUGCCCUGCUGCGUUUAGAGCCACGGCACAAAGCCGCCUCUGGAAUAACGGUGCCUACAUUGUCGUAACCCCUCUCAGAAAGCGUGGUGUGCGCCGGCGGCGCGCUGAGCAGAGACCCCGUGGGUUCCAGCUCACCUGGGUGUAGAUGGGGACAGGCAUCCAGCCUCCCUGGCUGCUCGGCACUAAACCAGGUAGCCUACAUACAUGCUUUUUUCCUACCUUUAUACGAGAAGGUAGAAAUUUGUUUUCCCAAUAGUGGCUGGAGACACUUUUGGCCCAGGUACCUGAAACGAGAACUUUGGGAUACACCCUACAGUCAUUUCUGUGCAGGUACAAAGGCAACAGAAGGUGCCUGCGGUACACCGAGGCAGAGUGAAAGAUGGCAGCAAACCUCACGCUUUGGCUUUCUGCACAUCAGAAAUGCUAACAGAAGGUUUUGGGGAAUGCAGCACUUGUGUGGCACAUGGCCUUAAUCGCUCUUGCGGUAGCUUUGCCUUCGCAGGUAUUCCCAUCAUCAUGCAGUGAUCCUAAGGCACCUACAUAGAGGAGGCAGACAGGGAGGGCAGCCUGCAGCUCGCACCGCCCAGCACUUGGACAGAGUGGUGGGGAUAGUUGCCAGCCCUAGAAAGACCAGCCUCAGGUGCAGGGAGCUGUGAAACAGAGGUUAGUGGCAGACGUUCUGGGGAAGUACAUCCCUCCUGGCUCGUUAGAUGGGUCUCUCCAUGCUAUCAGGAGUGGGAAAACACUUGGGACUCCUGUUCCUGUCGGGUUCCUUCACAUGGCCACAGCACAAAGCCAGCGUGUGGGUUGAUGUCUAUGAAAAACCCAUCUGUGAAGGCAAGGUCCCGUCUCCAGCCAAGUGCAGGGAUGUGGGAAGAGGCUCUGUCCACAGCGUGGCUCAGUUGUAGCGUGGCAAACAUGUCAAGUACUCCUCUGCCGCUGGUGUGGAGCUGCUGUGCUCCCGACAGGACCUCACCCCGUGUCCUCGGAGCGUUUCCGUGGCGCUUGCUGAGCUCGCCGCCGAGACCAGGAGCGCUCUGGCAGUGUGCGUCUGCUUCUCCCAGGACAGAAAUGAACCACUUCCUUAGAGGUGGGCCUUUCUGGUUCCACAGCACGUGGAAAAGCAGUCGGUAACAAACAUUGUACAUCAGCAGCGCCUGGCUCAGGGGAGGCGAUUCUGUCCCGUCUGUCCCUGCAGCUCCUGGCAGACCAGCGUGUCCCGUGCUACCUGCUGAGCUCCAGAGAGCUCUUGCCGACGGGAUCGCUGCCAGCCUUGCUGCCACUGAUGGCUUUCAUGGCGCAGUGACCUGAACUCUGGCUUAGUCUUUUCAGACACUUUUGGCCCUAGUUAAAAUAUUUGGCAGGGGCUUGCUUAAAACAGUGCUCGAACCGGAGCCUCCAACCAAAGCACCCGAGGUAAGUGGCUCACAGAACGCUGGCAUCACUGUAGGUCCAGGAUGCGCCCGUGCCGGCGUUGUGGCCCUCUCCCCCCGCCUGGCAUGCUUCGAUCUCUGUGCUUCACAGUCUCCACAGCAUGAGGCUCUCUGUGCCAUAAUACCUUUCUUUUUCUAGACGUGCACACCGGCCAAAUAAUCUCCUCAUGUCUUGAUCAACUGCCGAUUGAGAUUAUUUCCCGAACUAGCCAGACAGCACGGGCUUGUCUCUGAGCAUGGAUCCGUGGUGUGCCAUGCCCUCCUCUCCCCCCUGUCUUGCAGUGCUUGUUAGGGCUUUUCCCUCUCCCCUCACACCUUCGCUGCCGGACAAUCAUUCCCUGUCAUAGGAGGACUGACCUGGUGCUGUCCCUGCUCGCCUUUCCUUGCCGCAGUCUGUAUGCUCUUUAAGUGAAUGUGUUUUGGUUUGGUUUUUUUGUUUUUGUUUUUGUUUUUUCAGUAGGGAAAAGAACUUCCUUCUGCUGAAGGAAUUAAAUUUGCACAUGGCUCAGGGAGGUACCUCCUCUGGCCGUUUCUGUUACCUCACUCAUUUAGGCCAAUUCCAUUGCUAACAUUCAAUGGCCACCUUCCCCAACCCAAACUCCGAGAAUAGUUAGGGAAUGAAACCAACGUGCAGCUCAGGUUCUAGAGCCAUUUGGUCGCGUCUCAGUUUCGGCCCCGUCUGCCCCAGCAGCAUUGGGAUGUGGGAGAGCAGCUGUUGCAAAGCGGAGGAGCCUGUGCCACACGUGCGCCAUUCCCCGUCCGCACGAGCCCACCACCCCUGUCACAGAGCAGAGACGGAAGCACUAACCUGGCGCUCGGCCCCGCGAGGUCAAAGGGAGGGAGAAGCAGCAGAACCGUCGCAGCCACCCGGGAGUGGCAUCGUGUGGCUGUGGCACCUCCGAGGCGUUGCCAUUCUCCUGGCGGUUCAGCUCCCAGCACAUGCUCCAGGGCUGGAUAAAGCUGCUAAAAACCUGGAGUGUGUUCUCCCCACCUGAGGCUCUGGAUCCUGCAACCGCUGUUGCCGUGCGUAACUGCGGAUCAACGAGGAUCGCCUCGCUUCACGUCAGCAAGGAAUGGGAGUGGGUUGUACGAUCACCCGUAGGCACAUGCUUCCCUUCUGGAUCGCACUGCCGGAGCCCAGGAAGCAGGGGGCUGGUGGCCACGGAUGCGCCAACGUGAACUCUGGGGUGGGGUGGGGGAGGAACCGUGGUUUUGUUUUAGGAGUUGUCUAACUGUCACAAACUUUGCGCUGUGCGCAAAAUGCAGUAAAAUGAUAAUGAAACUUACCUGCUAGAACCUAGGAAUUGUCAAGGCUAUGCAGCCAAAACUUAAUGUAAAGUAGCUAGUACAAUGGAAGUACGGUAUAAAUUAAAAAAGAAAAAAAUAUCUAUCAAACAAACAGCGCAA